AUGAACAUUUCUUUUACGUCUGUUACCAUCCCGACAACCACGAAUUCCGACGAUUCACCGAGAAACAGUUCUGAUGCCAGCGAAGAAGUCAAAGUCAUGGUGCCGCCGUUGAACUUUGCGAUGGUAGCCCCGGGCGUCUAUCGUUCCGGGCACCCAAACCGUCAGAAUUUCCCUUUUCUUAAGAGAUUGGAACUAAAAAGCAUAAUUUAUCUUUCAUCAGAUGAUAUUCGCGAAGAAUUAGAUCAAUUCGCGAGAGAGCAGAAAAUACAAGUCUUUCACUAUAGGAUUGAUGGGAACAAGGAACCAUUUGUGGAGAUUGAUGAAAAAAAAAUCAGCAACGCUUUGGUAAAAGUGUUGGGUAAAGCAUUACUAUAA